AUGCAAUUCUCAUCAGCAAAUAACGAUUCUUCACUUCACAACGCAGGAGAUGCAAAUGCCAAUCCUUUUGAAAUUUCUGUAGACGAAGAUGUUAUUUCUGCCAAUCCCAAUAUGACAAUAGAAUCUGAUGAUAUAGACCUUUCUUCCGCUCAUUCAAAUUCGUCGAUUACUCCAAAAUCAACAACAACCGUUAAUACAGAUACACAAUCGCCCCCUGUAGGAGAGACUAGUAAUCAAUCCAAACAUUAUGCUUCUGGCACCCUAGAUGAACCAGUUUCACAAACUAUUCUUCGAGACCUGAAAAAUGUUGCAAUUAAAUUGCAACAAGUUCUUCAUCCUAAGGGGAGCAGCGAUGUUUUACGAGAUUGUAAAUAUCAAGAAAUUAUGGCGUUUACUGGUGUUUUCAUCAUCGUAUGGUUUGGGUCAGCUAUCGUGACGAUAAACGCGAAACUUUUAGGGGGUUCAGUGUCCUUUUUCCAAAGUGUUUGUGUUCUUGGCUAUUGUAUAUUUCCUUUAGUUAUAGCAGCAUUUAUAGCAGUUUUCGUUAAAAGGGUUUACGUAAGAUUACCUUUGGUGGUAUUGGCAUUUUUAUGGUCAUCUUGGGCAUCAAUUAAUUUUCUAUCAUCAUCACAUUUAUCAAAUCGUCGGGCAUUAGCUGUAUAUCCAUUGUUCUUAUUCUAUUUCGUUAUUGGUUGGAUGGUAUUAAUUUUAUAG